AAAUCCAAUUAGAACUCAAGCACUUCCAUCAAACUUGCUUCCAAGUUCCAUCUCAUCACCUAAAAUUCUUAAAGAGUUUCAUCCAUGGCUCGCCUCGUCACAUUCUUAGCCAUUCUCCUCUUCGUUUCGGCUGCGCAUUCUGCACCUACAUGCCCGGUCGUAACCAAGAAGCUGGCACCAUGUCUUCCUUUUGUGAAGGGUUCAAGUAAAGAUCCAUCUCCGGCUUGUUGCAGUGGUGCUAAGGAGCUAAGCAACAACGUCCAAACCAGCAAGGACAAGCAAGCUGUAUGCAUGUGCCUCAAGAAAACCUUGUCCACUAUUGGUGACUAUCAGCCAUCUAAGCUCUCUCUUAUUCCCAAAAAAUGUGGCCUCAAGCUCGUUCUUCCUCCUAUCGAUAAAAAGACCGACUGCUCUAAGUUUGCUCUUGGUUAUUGAAGCAGGAUUCAUGUAUGCUAUAGCAAGAGAGGAUUAAUGCAAGGAGUAUGAAAUAAAUUAAUAACAUUACACAUUACACCCUAUAUAUUCAGCCAUGAAUAAAACUAGCUGUGUAUGAGAAAAUUGUGGCAAUUGAAAUUACUUGUAUCAAUUUCAUGUUUUGAUUUGACCACAUCGCACUGUGCUUGUAGAUUUAAUUAUUGGCUACUUGAAAUCAAAAAAUAAGGAAAUUAUUAACUAGACAUCUAAAACCUUCGAAAUACCAUCAAGAGAUCUCAAUUAUGUACUUGUAAAGAUAAUCAGAAAACCCAACUCAAUCC